AUGGAGGCGCCUCUGCUGAAGGUGAUGGGGGCUACAGCGGGGGAUGUCAGCUCCAAGGUGAGUGCCGAGCUGGAGGUGAAGAAGCUGCAGGAGCUGGUGAGAAAACUCGAGUGGCAGAACGAGCAGCUGAAGAGCAGGGCCAGUGCCGCCGCCGCUACCUCCUCCUCCUCCUCUCCUACGGCUCUCCUGUACCCUCCCGGCAGCCCGGUUUACUGCCCUGCACCUCCCCCGGGCUCGGCAGCUUACCCUGGCGGUACCGGCAGCAGCAGUAACUACCCGCCCACCGCUCACUGCCGGCAGCCUCCCGGCACCAGCGAAGCUUCUCCCCGCUCACUGGGCUCCAGUGGCUCGGCCAGGCUGCUCCUCGACGAAGUGGACACCCUGGACCUAGACAACGGGGGCUGCAGCGGAAACGAGGACAACUGGUUAUAUGUUUCACCAAGGAAGCAGCCCACAGUUGAACAGAAAGCUCGGAGUCCUUUAGAAUGGUGCAGACAGGUGCUUGAUCAUCCAGGCCAUGAGAUCGAAGCAGCCAAACGUUCAUUGUGUUUUAGACUUGAUCAAGCCAAUCGAUGGAAAAGCCUGUUUUCGAAUUCUUACACUUCUGGUCUUCCAUGUAGCUCGUUUACAGGAUAUAGUCCAUAUACCAAUGGGUUUAGCUCUCAAAGCCUCUACAAACCUGUUACUAAACAAUUACUAAUCCCUGAAAGAACAGGUUAUGCAAUUAGAAAUCUUCCACUCAGCCCACAGUCAUCGAUCGACAGUGAACUGAGCACUUCUGAGCUUGAUGAUGAAUCUAUCUCUAUGGGUUAUAAACUACAGGACUUGACAGACGUCCAGAUCAUGGCGAGACUACAAGAAGAAAGUCUACGACAAGAUUAUGCUUCCACUUCAACAACACUCUCUCAACGCAGCUCCAGCACGUCAUUAUAUUCAGCAAAGCGAGGGACAAGCAGCGACCAGGAGUAUGACUGCUGCAGUCUGGAAGAUGAAGAGGAAUUUGACCAAAUUCCUCCACAACCUCGGCUCACUAGGUGCUCUCCUCCGUUGCGAAGUAUGCCACAUUCACAGACUUUUGCCAGCAUACGAGAUUGCAGAAGAGGUCCAACACCUCCUUCUUACUUGCAAUCCAGUGGUUACUCGCCGUAUUACUCACAGGGUCACACAUCUGAUCAGCACCAGUACCGAACAAAUGCAGAAAAACUCAGACGUAGUAUGCCAAACCUGGCUCGUUCAUUCAGUGCAACCAGUUCGCCAGACUCUUUUAAGAAUAGCAGAAGUUUUGAUUCAAACCUACAGAAUGGAAUGUCACGACUCCAGUCACCUGCAUGCCCUUCUCUCAAUAAGCUUCAACACCGAGUCAACAGUGUCAGCCAUUUUCCAUUGUCAGCCAGGCAGCAACCUAAAGCUACUGCUUAUGUGAGCCCAACUGUUAAUAAUACAAAUGGGAUCCAGACGUCUGUCAGUUUGCAUUCCAUUUCGAGUACUGGUAUCCCUUUACCAAAUAGGCCCAGUAACACAAGUAUACCAGGUCGGAGUGGCCUUCCCAGACCAACAUCUACUGUUGGAGGUAGUGGAAUACCCAGAAGCAAAUUAGCGCAACCUGUCCGAAGUUUUCUUCAGCCCCCGAAGCCCCUGACAGCACUCAGUUCUCUUAAGGAUGGAAGCUGGCGGGAUGGCUGUUACUAACAUUCGCUGUCACAGAGACUGUUUAUACAGUGAAGCUCUUACACAAUGACACCCAGCUGGCUGGGUUUAGACAUGUCACAAGUUGUUUGUACCUACAGUUGGUUUCAGUGAAGAUGCUAAAGUCUAGGCAAGGCACACACUUAACACAAGUUUUGUUAAUACGUAGUACUAAGUGAACCAACGGUUAUCAUGUGCUUUUAAACCUUGGCCCUGUGCAUUGUAAUAAUCUCAGACUUGCAGAUGCAAUACUUCCCGUGCAAGAUGCCUCGACAAAAUUCAAUUUGUUUAAUGUUGGGUUUGCAUCAUUCAUGUUUCAAACAGUAGUCAGUAUUUCAAUGAGUAUUUUGUCAUAAGGGAUUUUCUUUCUUUAGGAGAUGAAAUUAGCUUUGCUGUUAUGGAAUUGUAUUUGAACAAAACUCCCAACUCUUGAGUCGGGAACAGUUCAUUUUAAGUGUAUGCUGUAAACCAACACUUGUUGAGUUAAACAGUAAUACCUCAACUAAAAGCAAUGAUAAUGAAAACUCCAAUGAUAUUGCAAGUAUUUCAAUCACAAAAUUGCCAGAGGCUUGAAAUAGUAAAUUGAAAUUGCCUCAUGCACAAUGGAAGUAAUUAGCAAAUGCUAUCUAAGCAUAAAACACACACAAAACUGUUCGCUCCUCAAUUGAUGCUUGUGUAUUUGUGACAGCUGGCUGGAGAGUUGAAUGCAAGGGACAUAUACAGCAUAAAAGGCAGUCCAAUAAGUCUAUGGCAGUGUUCAUGGGCACAUUUACCUCCUCCCAAAAUUCUUUAACUAGCUUAGUCAUUAUGUCCUAUACUCCCUAGUGUGUAUAGCUAGGAGCCCUUCAAAUGCAUCUGUACGAGCCACCUGAACAAUACUUUAGGAAGCAAGUUCCACUAUCCCAACCACUCCUUGGGUAAAGGCGUUUCUUCUGAAUUUCCUUCUGGAUUUAUUAGUAAUUAUUAAAUGUUACACUAUGAAAUGAGAAUCCUAAUAUUUUGUUUGCAUUAAUACAGAUUUAUUAAGCUAAUUUUAGUGUAUCUAUGCAUGUAGAUACCUGUGUUCUUCCACCCCAUCUAGAUAUUUACUUUCCAAUGCACUCACCCAAUGUUUAAUGCCACAAUGCCCUAUGCUUUCACUCCCAGUGUAUCAGCAGAAGGCUUUUACUUCAGUUGUAGCAUAUCUGCUGCCAAACAGUUGACCUGUUUGGUUUUUGUGGCUCUACACUACAAUGAGUUAAUCCCCUGCUGGGGAAUUUACAUCAUUUCAAGUCUCUUGUAUAAUUAAGUGCUUUUAUAUAUUUAAAAAGGUCUGAUUCUAAUCUUUGACCUCAGCAAUCAUUUUCAAUAAAGCGGUGUAAUUUUAUCAUUACUAAGAAGGUUCUAAUAUGGUACAGUGAGGACUGAACACAAAAUUUUGGAAGUUGGCCACUAAGUGCAAGAGAAGAAUAGCUCCAGCUAUUUCUAGCAAUUCUCUUUUCUUACCCUUCCUUUUCCAGGUACAUUAUUUCUGAAGAGACUUAUGCAGGAAGAAGUGUAAACUGUUAACUCCUACUACUUUCCAUGUUGUUCAAAAUCUUCCUCAUUUCUUUCAAUAGUUAUCCUUAUGUACUAAUGUUCCUUUGGUAUGAUUUUUUUUAAGUUCACACAUGAGAUUUGGGCAUCAUUGGCUAGACCAAUGUUUAUUGCUCAUCCCCAAUUGCCCCAGAUGGUGAGCUGCAUUGUUGAAUUGGUGUAGUCUUUUUAUGUUAGAACACUUACAAAUGAUGGUUCAUCUAGAUAUAAUAGGAAACAUUUAUAUUAUGCACCUAACAAUUAUUUGUUACAAAUACAAACUACACAUUUUACAGUUUUGCCAACUGUUUAAUGAUACCUGCAAGAUUGUAUUUCAUAGUAUACUGGACUAUUGACAAUGACUGACUGUAAAUUUACUUUUAAUAAUUUGUCUAAUUCAGUAUUGUCAAACAGAGAUAAUUUCUGAAAGGCUUUUCGGGUGAAAUUACUGUUGACUAAUGGAAGGCCUGGACUGCACAUUUGGUGUAGAGCCAAUUGUAGUGAGCACUGCAGCAAUAUUUUCAGUCUGUUUUCCACAGUACCUGCAGGGUCAGCAUGUCCAUGAAAGUAAAUUACCAACAUCUUUUCAUGUGCCAUAGUUCACAGCCAGUAAAAUUUAACAGUUAUUAUGUUUUGUAGCAUUUAUAGGUAAGGAAAUUCACAAUACUAUCACCACUGAUUAUUUUGUUGGUUUUCUGAACAUUAAUUUAUUCUGCAUAAAUUAUUUGUACUGUCAGUUAUGAUUUGUGACAAUGCACAUUGCACUUAAACCCAGCAAUGACCAUGUAUCCGACAGUUUGAGCUGAUUUUUUUAGAACAAUAAGUGAUUGUUUUUCAAAGUUUUAUUAAUAUUGGUAUUGAGAACAAGGUGCACUUUUUAAAUGGACACACAACAACUUAAUUUUUAUAGAAGUUUUACAGGACUACUUAAACGCAAAUUCAUGUAAUAACGUUGUACAAAGGUAUUACAGAAAUGCCAAAUACAUCAGUCCAGUUACUCUUGCAUUUUAUUAAAUAUUGCUUAAAAAUAUAAUACAUUAUUGCCAAUUGAUGUAGGAAUGUAUUGAUGAUUUUAUGCAAUAAACUUUAUUUUCCCUCUGUUUUUGGAUGGGUUAUGCUAUACUUCCAAUGAUAGCUUAACUUGACCAAGACCAACAAAGGAUGCUGUUACCAACAUUGUUUGACAUUUGCAGUUUGAGUCUGAAUCACUGAAAAUAAAACACCUACCAUGUUGCAAGUGUAACUUGCUUUCAUUGUUUAAUGAUUUACCUUUCGUAAUCCUCUAGUUCUUGGAAUUGUACGUUUGGACAUGUCGUGUAAAAAAGUUAAAUAUACCUUUGCUCCAGAUAUAGAUACUGAGCAAAAGGAGCUGAAUCACAAUGAUGUCAAAUCACAACGGUACUGGAACCUGAGUCUGUAGGGUUUCAGAUGGUGUCCUCUCUUACAAUCUCUUGUAUACAGUUAUGUUUAAUAAAGCCUGCAAUUGUUCACCUA